AUGAAUCUAUACAAUAUUUGUGUUUUGUUGUUAAGCUGUGGUUGCCUUUUUUCAAGUGGUCAUAGCAAUAAAUUGGAAGAUGUCUACAACAAAGCUGAAAAAAUGAUUUCCAGUUUAAAAACGCAGCUGGAAGAAUUAAAACAGAGCUACAUGGAAUUGGCAACACAGAAUGAGAUUGAAGAGGCUGAGAUUAAACCCUCAUCCUGUCUAGCUGCUGGAAUCAACUCAGAUGGCAUCCAUGUGAUUGAAGUGCCUGGUCUGGAGCCCUUUCCCGUUUUUUGUGACACUCGACUGGCGGGAUCUGGUUGGACUGUUAUUCAACGUCGUCGAGAUGGAAGUGAAAAUUUCUAUCGCUGUUGGGAGGAGUAUAGCCAGGGAUUUGGGGACCUCAGUGGAGAAUUCUUUCUGGGUCUUGAGAAACUACACUUUCUAACCGCAGCCGAACCCUAUGAACUUUAUGUCUACUUGGAGGAUUUCGAUGGAGUAGUACAUGAUGCUCGAUACGAUGAUUUUGCCAUUGGCAAUGCCAACGAAUCCUAUUCGCUAUCGGUUUUGGGCAAAUACUCUGGAGAUGCAGGCGAUUCCUUGAGAUAUCACAAGGGAAUGCCUUUCUCCACGUUUGACCACGAUACUUUGGGCCACGGAUGUGCCAGGAUUUAUGUGGGUGCCUGGUGGUACGAUCAGUGUGAGAGGAGCAACCUAAAUGGCCAAUAUUUGGAGGGUGGAAGAUUUGAGCCCAAGCUCUCGGGUCGCGGGAUCACCUGGAUGAGCUGGCGUGGCUACGAUUAUGGCUACAAAUUCGCACAAAUGAUGAUCAGACCCAAGUGUUCCAACAAUCUAAAAAGGCAGCCCAUCGCCCAUUGAAUUCUACACCGAAAACCGAAGGGAAAUCGUUUUAUUUCCUGAUAAACACUAUCAACAUUUUUUGGGC